AUGGACAAAGGCGCCGCCAAGGAUCCCCAAGCGUUGCUUCGUCACGUUACCAAUGACAGCGAAACUGCAUUAGCAGAAGUCGGGCAGAAACCUGCGAGCUACUAUUUGACCUCUCAAGAAGAAUUACUCUUUUGCGAAAAAGCAGAUUCUUUCUUUGUUGAUAACCGUGCCCAAAUGACCAAUAUCAUUGCGAGAUCUGUUGGCGGCCAGAAGAACCUUGACAUUGCUGUCGAGCAGGCGAAGCUUCAUGGUGAAGAACCUUUCUUUGAGGGUGGAAUCGUCACGUUUGCAGCUGAUGGAUCCAUCCGCCACGAGAAGGAGGUUGGCCAGUCUGGUGGCAGUCCCGAAUCGGAAGACGCCGAUGAGAAAGGCGACAGCGUGGAGGACCCCAAGGACAAGGACGACGAGGACGAGGACGAGGACAAGGACAAGGAUCCCCCCAUGGAAGACAACGAUGACGACAAUGACAACGACGACGACCGUCCCCACCCCAAACUGCUUCCUCCCGGUCGCACAUGCGUGCUUUUCAUUCGUUGGUUAGACGCUCCCCUACCACCUAUGUCACGCGUUUUCAGGACACGUAUCCGAGUGGGCCCUGACGUCAAACUUGGGCGAGCGUUUGAUAUGCACAAGGAGCAAACAUUUAAGAGGUUUGAUGAGCUGAAUGCUGCUAACACUCAGUUCACAUUCACUCGAGGACCGCAGGAGCUGCCCAUGAUUGUGGAUGCCGACGACACAGUCAACGGCCUUAUUGGAGAACGUCUUUUUGAUCCUCCAAAGGAUAAGGACUCUGAGCCAGAGUUGACCUUCGAUGUGCAAUUGGCACGAAUUGUGCACCCAACAGGUUCGGUUCGUCAGCGUGCCAAAGUUUUCAUUCACUGCUGGCGUGAAGAUGAUACGGAAGCAGCACCAGAGGCCUGUCAAGGACUUUACUUGCUGGGGUCUCAGGAACUCUUUGAAGGAAUGUUCGAUAUCUUCUUUGACACCACCAUGACGAAGUUGAGCUUGGACCCAAGCCGCUAUCAUAUUGUUUACAUGGCUGGAUCAAGCCAAAAUCCCACGCCUUUGGCUCGCGAUGAUACAUUGGACAGUCUUCUUCAAGACAGGGUUGAUGUGCAAGUUGCUGAUGGUGACUCUGAGGAAGACGAGCGAGCUUUCCAUAUUACUGCGCUUCUAAUGGAGCGUACCGGUACCGGUGAUGACUCCGACGCCCAGGAAGGACAGGUGGCUGCCACUUCCUCUGGUCGCAAGCAGGCAGGGCAGAAGCAAAAAGCUACUGGUGGCCGUGGUGGAAGAAUCAGCGCGAAGUCUGGUAGUCGAAGCAGCCGCACGCCAUCUCGUGGGGGCAGGGGCAAUCGGAAGCGGGCUGCAAACACCCCUGCAGAAACACGGUCUCAGCAAAUGGACAACCGUGUCCGUGAAAAGCUUGAUGGGUGUGAAGCUCCUCUCUUUACCGCCAUGAAUAUGUCUCGGCCUGAGCAUUUGUUGGCAUCAUACAAGGAACCUGAUGGUUCGGAUACUGAGAGUGUUGUCAAUGAAAAGAAGUGGCCUAAGGUUGUCCCUGGAUUGUUCUUUUUCACUGAGCAGAAACCCAAUGCCAAUGGAAAAGGAGGUGGAGAGUUCCUCAAAGACCCAGCAAUUCACUUCUGGACUGGAUCGGAUCAAAUGAACGACGUCUUGUCGUCACAUCUGAAGAAGAGAGGUCUCAAACGACAUUAUCAUGCGACCUAUCUUGAUUUCAAGACGGCGGUUUUUGGCCACGAAAGUAUCAAAGAAGCGCAGACGAACAAGACUCGUAAACGCACAUUGGAGACUAAGACGAAGAAGCAAAAGAACGGGAGCGACUCUGAUUAA